CGCCGCGCGCUCCAGGGCGCCCCCGCCUGGCGCUCGUUUGGUGCUUUUAGAAGUUGGGGGUGUUUUGAAGUUGACGUUGCGCAGUUUCAAGCCCCGGGUGGGAAGAGCUGGCCACCGUGCCGGCCUGGUGGCGAUUUUCCGCCAGGGCUUUUCGCACAAGGCACCGGCACCUUGUCUGCUGUAGUUUGUUCCCCGCCCACUGAAAUGCUGCUCCCCCGGGAGCCAGGGUGCGCAUCCCUCUGCAAUCUGGGAUGGGAGUUUCACAAGACCUGGCAGCUCUUUUGGUCACGUCUGUGCCAAAUCAGAAGAGGCUAGCGAGUUUCUCUUCUGAUCCGUGGUCGGAGAACUCUGUCCCCAGAUGUCAGCAGACCAGGCUCAUCAGAGUGACAGUGCAGAGCCUGCCCCCACCCACCGGAGCCCCCAGGCUACAGAUUUCCCAGUGGCCUGGCCAGACACACCAAGGCAGCCCAGCCACCGCUGCAGGGUCGCUCCGGGUGUGUUUCCUCAUCUGAAUUCCAGGCCAAAGGGAGCGGUUUGGGAAAGGGAAGCUGUUUGCAGCAGCAGCCCCUCCCCAAGGAACAUUAGUCAGCGGCUGGAAGCUGGAUUUCUAUAUUCUGAAUUCACAGUAGUGCAGGACCAUCACCAAACCCUCUUAGAACCUCAUACAACAGGUGGCCCCAGCAAACUCUUAGGACAGGUCAACCAGGCACCUGGCUUCAGAAUUGAGCAAUUAUUUUUUAGUUGGGGUUUGAAAAUAAUCUUUUUUUUUUUUUUUUUUUUUUUUGAGCUACAAGUCACUACCUUGCCCAGGCUGAUCUUGAACUCCUGGGGUUGUUGUCCUCCUGCCUCAGCCUUUGAAGCCAAGUAGCUGGGGCCAUCCGGACCCUUGUGUGCACACUACCCUCCACCGCCAUGGCCCUGGUCAGCAUCAACGAGCUGCCCGAGAACAUCCUGCUGGAGCUGUUCAUGCACGUGCCUGCCCGCCAGCUGCUGCUGCACUGCCGGCCCGUCUGCAGCCUCUGGCGAGACCUCAUCGACCUCGUGACCCUCUGGAAGCGCAAAUGCCUGCGCGAGGGCUUUGUCACAGAGGACUGGGACCAGCCCGUGGCCGACUGGAAGAUCUUCUACUUUCUGUGCAGUCUCCGCAGGAACCUCCUACGCAACCCGUGUGCUGAAGAGGAUAUGGGGUCUUGGCGAAUCGACUCCAAUGGGGGGGACCACUGGAAGGUGGAGAGCCUGCCUGGAGAGCAUGGCACAGAUUUUCCUGACCCCCAAGUCAAGAAGUACUUUGUCACCUCCUACGGCAUGUGCCUCAAGUCCCAGCUGGUGGACCUCAAGGCCGAGGGCUACUGGGAGGAGCUGCUGGACACAUUCCGGCCUGAGAUCGUGGUGAAGGACUGGUUCGCUGCCAGGGCCGACUGUGGCUGCUCCUACCACAUCCGGGUGCAGCUGGCCUCCGCCGACUACAUCGUCUUGGCCUCCUUCGAGCCCCCACCCGUGACUGUCCAUCAGUGGAACGACGCGACGUGGACAGAGGUCUCCCACACCUUCUCUGACUACCCUCCAGGCGUCCGCCACAUCCUGUUCCAGCACGGGGGCAAGGACACCCAGUUCUGGGCAGGCUGGUAUGGGCCCCGUGUCACCAACAGCAGCAUCAUCAUCAGCCCCAAGACCAGCAGGAGCCUGGCUCCCUCCGGGGCUCUGCCUGAGACACUGCAGGGACAGGGGGAGGCUUCCUAGUGGCCCUUCCCAUUUCAUCUCCAUGGGCCAGAGGACAGCCUGUGGUCAUCUGCAGCCAUCCGUCCAUCUUCUGUCCAGGACAAAGGGAGGGUCCCUCCAGGCAAGAGCUGAGCCUGUAGUGCGCAGUGAGGUCCCUGCCCCGGAGCUCCAGCCCCAGUUCCAGCCUUGGGCAGACGGUCACACAGUGCUAAUGUUUUGUCAAAAUAAAUGUUUCCAGUAAAACCA